GUAACAAAUGAGGCUCCACAUAUUGUCUUAUGACUGGGAUUGUCCAAAGAGCGACAGGCCGACCCGCUUCACCGAACCGCACGGACAACACGACUAACGGUUUGCCACAGUAUAUGUCAGCAUGAGAUGUCGUCCCUCAGUGCUAGCUUCGUUCAGAUUCGAUUCGAUGACAUCCGCUUCUAUGAGAACUGCGGUGGAGGUAGUUUUGGGAGUGUGUACCGGGCACAUUGGAUCUCUCAGGACAAAGAAGUGGCGGUCAAAAAACUGCUGAAGAUCGACGAUGAGGCUGAGAUUCUCAGUGUCCUGAGCCACAAAAACAUUAUUCAUUUCUAUGGAGCCAUUCUGGAAGCACCCAACUAUGGCAUUGUUACAGAAUAUACCAGCAGGGGAUCACUGUAUGAAUAUUUGUCCAGUGUUGACAGUGAGGAGAUGGAUAUGGGUCAAGUAAUGACCUGGGCGAUGGACAUUGCUAAAGGUAUGCAUUAUUUACAUGCCGAGGCCCCAGUGAAAGUCAUUCAUAGAGAUCUGAAGUCGAGAAAUGUUGUGUUAACUGCAGACAAUGUAUUAAAGAUCUGCGAUUUUGGGGCAUCUAAGUUGGUUUCUCAUACAACACACAUGUCUCUGGUGGGCACCUUUCCUUGGAUGGCCCCAGAAGUGAUCCAGAGCUUGCCAGUCUCGGAAACCUGUGACACCUACUCUUAUGGUGUGGUAUUGUGGGAGUUGCUGACCAGAGAAGUACCAUUUAAAGGUUUUGAGGGAUUGCAGGUGGCCUGGUUGGUUGUAGAAAAGAAUGAGAGGCCGACCAUUCCCAGCAGCUGCCCGGCCAGUUUUGCAGAUCUGAUGAGAUCCUGCUGGAUCGCGGAACCCAAGAAAAGGCCACAGUUUAAAAUGAUCCUGAGCACCCUGGAGACCAUAAAAAAUGACAGCAAGCUGCCUGACCAGUGCAACUCCUUCUUACAUAACAAAGCUGAGUGGAUGUGUGAGAUAGAGGAGACACUGGAACGCUUGAAGCAGCUGGAGAGGGAGUUGAGCUGUAAGGAGCAGGAGCUGGCCCAGAGAGAAAGGAGACUGACAGAGUGGGAGAACAGACUCAUGGAAAGAUCUCAAUCCUGCACUCCUCUGUUUUCACACAUAUCCCCCAUGGCGGCCACUCUCAGGGCCGAGUCCUUCUAUGAGGCUCACAUGGAGGAGAGCAAAAGCUCAGAGGUCAGCUGCCAGAUCUCAUCAACCUGCCAUAAUGGAGAUCAGGGUCAGGCCAGCCUUCAGAAGCUCAUGCUUGGGUUCGGCGGUGUGUUUGACCUGGAUGCAAAUGUUUCUAAUGGUAACUUCGUCCGCCAGUCAGGAAUGCAGGUGAACAUGCAAGCCAAAAACUCCUUCAAGUCCUGCAGUGUCCGUGAGGGGCGCAAACUAAACAUGGCCAUCACCAUGGAUGACUUUAGCUGGUCCGACGAAGACAGCGAUUAGUGGAGGGCAAAAGGGGUGGUAGGGUAUGCUCAGAGCCGGUCCAAGGUAACACAUCUAGAGUCAGAGCUAGUAAAAAUAUAUUUUAACAGCUGGAAUUAUUGAUUUGUCAAAGGAAUAGUUCACCCAAACUGUCAUUAUUUACUCUCAUGUUGUUAACUAAACCAGUAUGACUUUCUUCUGUGGAACUCAGAAGUAGAACUUUGGUAUUAAGUCAUAAGGGUUUGACAUAGUGGGUGAGUAACUGAUGACAGAAAUUUCAUUUUUGGGUACUUAAUUGAAUACUUCCAUGGUUGUUGCCCCCAAGUGUGAUACGUUUUAGUAUAAAACAACAACGCUAUUUGAUUCAGAGCAGAAGGUUACACUACCGUGUUAGCAGUAGGGCCAUUGUUCGGAAUAUACCGUCUAACCAGUACAAAUACCCUUUGAUAAAUCGCAAGUGCAUUUAAGGAUACUGUUAUAAUUGGGACGAUACAGGGUACUGCAUAGAUGCCCAUAAAUGGCAGGAUUUACCAUUGGUAGGAGGGAUUUACCCCUGCCUCCUCUCAGUGAAUCAGACACCCCAUUAUACUGAGAUUUCCCCUGUGAGAGAGUUACAGAGUUCACAUUUACAGUAUUUAUAAGGUGUGAGAGAACUUAAAUGAGAUUUUUGAAGCUGUUUUUGUAAAGCCCUGAAGUUUUUAUAAAAUAAAGGAAAUACCAAAGA